AACAAACAAACCUAAUAAAUAAAAAAGUCUUUAAAUCUAACAAAAACAAUAUACUAAACGACAAACAUUUAAACGAGAAAAUAAAAACACGUGGUCUUUUAACCAUAUAUUAUGGUACAAGGUCUGGUACAAGUCAAAGAUUUGCCUAUGACAUUCUUUUAGAGGCUGAAAAAAACCAUUAUUAAGCCAAUUUAAUAAACCUUUCUGAAUUUGAACCAAAUCAAUUCAUAAGUAGCAAAUAUUGUAUUUUUUUACUAUCCACAUAUGGAAAAGGAGGUCCUACAAAUGAUGCCGCUAAGUUUUUUGAUUGGCUAAAUAAUUAAAAAGACACAAAAUUACUUUCAGAUAUGAAAUAUACUAUUUUCGGAUUAGGUAAUUCUUCGUAUGACGAAUUUUGUGGAAUGUCUGUAAAAACAAACAAUAAACUAUAAGAAUUAGGGGCUCGUUUAUUAUAUUAAUUCGGAAAAGGGGAUGCUGGAAAAGAUAGUACAGUUUAAGAUUUUGUAAAUUGGAAAUAGGACCUUUGGGAUUGUUUAAAUGGAGAAUUUAAAAUUUAGGAAAUUUCUAGAAAAGAACUUUCUGAAAAUAAUUGUCCUAUUGGAAUAUAAGAAAUUAAAAAUGAUAAAGAAAUUAAUUUAGAAAAUUUCAGUUUUGGAUAAAUUGCUUAACUUUCUCAUACUUUCGAGGAAUAUUUUAACAGUUAAUUAUUCGAAAUAUAGAAUAUAAGAGAAAUUAGAUAAAAAUCUAAGAUAUCGACUCCUUGUUAUGAAAUAGAAUUUAAUUUAGGAAAAUAAAUAUAUUAAACAGCUGGAAACAUAGCUAUAUUUCCUGAAAAUUCAAAUGAAAAAAUUUAAGAAUUCGCCUCUUUAUUAAAUCUAGAUUUAGAAAAAACAAUAAAAAUUAACCCUAAAAAUAUGCAAGUUAAAAUCCCAAUACCAAACCCAAUAAAAAUAAAGACUUUUUUACAAAAAUUUUGUGACUUUUAAGGUCCUAUAAAUAGAGCAAUUUUACAAAGCCUAAAAUUUUUCCUUUUAGAAGAAAAACAAAGAGCCCUUUUUGAUGAAUGGACAUCAAACACAGUGCUUUUUGAACAAAAUAUUAUUUAAAAAAAACAUUCCCUUUUAUCACUAGUGAAGACUUUUUAAAUUUAAAUUCCUUUGUUGAAUCUUAUACUUCUUUCGCCUAUUAUUAUGCCUAGAUAUUACACAAUUUCCUCUUCAUAGAAAUUAUCACCUUCCUCAUUUUAAAUCUUGGUCUCUGUUCUUGAAGUUCAAAGACCCGAUGGAUAAUAUGAAGAAGGUUAAUGUUCAUAAUACUUUAGUUCUUUACUUAAAGAAGGCUUUAAAGGAAAAAAAGUAAGGGCUUUUUUUGAAUAAAGUACCUUCUAAGUACCUUAAAGUGCAGAAAGUCCUAUUGUGAUGGUAUCUGCAGGAGCCGGACUAGCCCCAAUGAGAGCUUUAUUAAAAGAAAAAUAAUUCUACGAAUAAAAGGACGAAUAAAAUUAAAUAUUUGGAGAGAUUUUGUUAUAUUUCGGUUGUAGAAAUGAUAAUUAAGACUUCAUAUAUAAAGAAGAACUUUAAAAUUUCUAAAAAGAACAUGUUUGUGAAAAAUAAAGAUUCGCAUUUUCACAAUAACAAGGUAAAGAAAAACAAUAUGUGCAAGAUUUAAUGAAAGAAGAUUUAGAUAUUUUACACGAAUAAUUAAUUUAAAAAAAAGGCUACUUAUAUGUUUGCGGAAGUAAAUUAAUGGGAGAAUCCAUAAAAGAACUAAUUGCGUAAAUUUUAUAAGAAAAAGAAGGUGUAAUGCCAUAUUUAGCAAAUGUAAAAGUAUAAGAAAUGGAAAAAUAAGGAAAAAUAAAAAUGGAAAUAUGGGGAUGA